AGUGACCGGCAUCUCUUCCCAUGUCUGUCUCCUGAAGCGACCCCCCCCCCCAUCCCCCCACCCGGCAUGGAUGUGACCAACAACACUACCUCCCCAGCGCGCUCCCCCGAGGGGACAAGCGGCCCCGGCCUCGCCGAGGUGACCCUGGGCUACCAGGUGCUCACCUCUCUGCUCCUGGGCACGCUUAUCCUGUGCGCCGUGAGUGGCAACGCCUGCGUGAUCGCAGCCAUCGCCCUGGAGCGCUCCCUGCAAACCGUGGCCAACUAUUUGAUCGGCUCGCUGGCCGUCACCGACCUCAUGGUGUCCGUGCUGGUGCUGCCCAUGGCGGCCCUCUACCAGGUGCUGAACAAGUGGACGCUGGGCCAGGUCACCUGCGACAUCUUCAUCUCUCUGGACGUGCUUUGCUGCACCUCUUCUAUCCUGCACCUGUGCGCCAUCGCCUUGGACAGGUACUGGGCCAUCACGGACCCCAUUGACUAUGUUAACAAGCGAACUCCCCGGCGGGCGGCCGUGCUCAUCAGCCUGACCUGGCUUAUCGGCUUCUUGAUAUCCAUCCCGCCCAUGCUGGGCUGGAGGACGCCGGAGGACCGCUCGAACCCCGACGCCUGCACCAUCAGCAAGGACCACGGGUACACCAUCUACUCCACCUUCGGCGCCUUCUACAUUCCGCUUCUUCUCAUGCUGGUGCUCUACGGUCGCAUCUUCAAGGCGGCACGCUUUAGGAUCCGCAAGACAGUAAAGAAAGCAGAGAAGAAAAAAAUCGCUGACACCUGCCUCACUCUCUCUCCCGCCACCGUGAAGAAGGGCAACGGGGAGCCCGGCAAGGGCUGGCGGCGGACUGUAGAGCCCAAGCCCGGUGCUUGUGUCAACGGCGCGGUGCGGCAGGGCCAGGACGGGACCGCCCUGGAGAUCAUCGAGGUCCAGCACUGCAACAGUUCCUCCAAGACUCACCUGCCGCUGCCCAGCGAGGCGUGCGGCUCCCCACCGCCGCCCUCUUUCGAGAGGCGCAACGAGAAGAACACGGAAGCCAAACGGAGAAUGGCUCUGUCCCGGGAGAGGAAGACUGUGAAGACCCUGGGCAUCAUUAUGGGCACCUUUAUCCUCUGCUGGCUGCCGUUCUUCAUCGUGGCCCUGGUCCUGCCCUUUUGUGACAGUAAGUGCUACAUGCCCGAGUGGCUGGGGGCAGUCAUCAACUGGUUGGGCUACUCCAACUCCCUUCUCAACCCCAUUAUCUAUGCCUAUUUCAACAAAGACUUCCAAAGUGCUUUUAAAAAAAUUAUCAAGUGCAAAUUUUGUCGGCAGUGAAGCCC